GAGCCACCGCGCCCGGCCUACUUUUCUUUAUGUUAUUUGUGCUUUUGAAGUCUUAUUCAUGAAUUUUUUGCCUAGACCAUGUCCAGAAGGGGUUUCCCUGGGUUUUCUUUUCGUAUUUUUAGUUUCAGGUCCUACAUUUGAAUCUUUAAUUCAUCUUGAGUUGAUUUUUGUAUAUGGUAAGAGAAAUUGGUCCAGAUUCAUUCUUCUUCAUCUGGCAAUCCAGUUUUCCCAGCACCUUUUAUUGAAAAGUGUGUCCUUUCCCUAGUGUACGUAUUUGUUGCCUUUCUCAAAGAUCAGUUGGCUGUAGAUAUGUGGCUUUAUUUCUGGGAACUUUAUUUUCUUCCACUGAUCUAUGUGUCUUAUUUCUGCAGUCAAAUGCUUUACCAUUCAGCUAUACUCCCUAUAUGUCUAGUUCUAUACCAUUACCAUGCUAUUUUGGUUACUACCAACUUGUAGUAUAAUUUGAAGUCAGAUGGACUUAAUUUGAGGGAAAUCUUGGGGUUGUCAUUUCAGGUGGGCUCUGUGGUGAGAGAGCAGAGGGCUGAGACUUGGGGGCCAGACCAUUGGUGGCUCCACAGACAUCAUACUCUGUUCAGAAAGGCACAGACCUGGCCUAACAGGGAUUCUGGAUUGUAUCUGUAAAAAGGGAGGCCUGGACUGAAUAAGCAGAUAGCCUGGGAUGGAGGCUGAGGUGUGAGGUGGUUUCGAUUCUACAUCUGCAGGCUUGGUUGACCCUCAGGGCCACUCUCUGUUGAACAAGAGAAAUGUUAUUGAGGCUGGUGGAGUAGCUGGGUUCUAGACCAGAGCACUGCUUUUUCUCCUUCUCUACAUGUAAGGGCAAGAGGGGAUGAUCUGCUGCUCCAACCAAGAUCUCCUGGCAAGCUCACUUUAGAAGCUUCUGCAGCAGGUAGACCUGGUUGCCGAAAGGACCAGUACCUGACCUGCCUUCUCUUCCCCUCUCUAUAACUCAUUAACUUAAUAAUGUACGAAACACAUACUGAUUUAAACCCUAAUUAGACAAUAUCUUUCUAAGUGUGUGCAAACAGGUAGGCAGUUAAUAGUGAAGUUAUUAAGUUAAAUUUCCAAAAGUGGUUCAUAAUUGGUUUGAUGUUAAUUUAUCUCAUUUGCUUUCCAUGGAAAAAUUUAAUAUCACAUCCUCUAAAAUCUUAAGCUAAAAACAUACAUGAAAAUUUCAAAACCCCACUAUUUCAUUUGUAUUGAACACAUGUACAAAAGCAUUAAUUCGUGGACCCUAGCAGCUGAUAUAUGGUAUAUGCUACUGAUGUUUGAUACUACAUGAGCCCUGUGAGGGGGCAGCUAUUCUUACAAUCUAUUUACAGAUGGGGACACUGAAGCUCAGGUGGGUUCAGUUCUUUUCCAUGGUCACAGAGCUGCAGCACUGAGGCCUGAGGAACUUUAUGCGAUGAAUUGAGAUCAGUUUGGUCCCAGGCAGAGCAGAAGAGGUGGCGGUCCAUCUCAGCCUGUAGGAUCCUUCCAUGGCUGUCCAUUUCUCAUGGCCUUUCUCUUCCCUCAGGGUCCCCUAGUGAUGGCAGAAACGGACCCUACACAGGGCCGUGUGGUCUUUGAGGACGUGGCCAUAUAUUUCUCCCAGGAGGAGUGGGGGCACCUUGAUGAGGCUCAGAGGUUGCUGUACCGCGAUGUGAUGCUGGAGAAUUUGGCCCUGUUGUCCUCACUAGGUUGUUGGCAUGGAGCUGAGGAUGAGGAGGCACCUUCACAGCAAGGUUUUUCUGUAGGAAUGCCAGAGGUUACAACUUCAAAGUCCUAUCUGUCCACCCAGAAGGUCCACCCUAGUGAGACAUGUGACCCACCCUUGAAAGACAUUCUGUGCCUGGUUGAGCACAGUGGAAUUCAUCCUGAGCAAGACAUAUAUAUUUGUGAGGCAGAGCUUUUUCAGCACCCAAAGCAGCAAAUUGGAGAGAAUCUUUCCAGAGGGGAUGAUUGGAUACCUUCAUUUGGGAAGAACCACAGAGUUCACAUGGCAGAAGAGAUCUUCACAUGCAUGGAGGGCUGGAAGGACUUACCAGCCGCCUCAUGCCUUCUCCAGCACCAGGGCCCUCAAAGUGAGUGGAAGCCGUACAGGGACACAGAGGACAGAGAAGCCUUUCAGACUGGACAAAAUGAUUACAAAUGUGGUGAAUGUGGGAAAACCUUCACCUGCAGCUAUUCCCUUGUUGAGCACCAGAAAAUCCACACAGGAGAAAGGUCUUAUGAAUGUACCAAAUGUGGGAAAUUCUUUAAGUACAGUGCCAAUUUCAUGAAACAUCAGACAGUUCACACUAGCGAAAGGACUUAUGAGUGCAGAGAAUGUGGAAAAUCCUUCAUGUACAACUACCGACUCAUGAGACAUAAGCGAGUUCACACCGGAGAAAGGCCUUAUGAGUGCAGCACAUGUGGGAAAUUCUUCCGGUACAGCUCCACAUUUGUUAGACAUCAGAGAGUCCACACUGGAGAAAGGCCGUAUGAGUGCAGGGAAUGUGGGAAAUUCUUUAUGGACAGCUCCACACUCAUUAAACAUCAGAGAGUUCACACCGGAGAAAGACCUUAUAAGUGCAAUGACUGUGGGAAGUUUUUUAGGUACAUCUCUACACUCAUUAGACAUCAGAGAAUUCACACUGGAGAAAGGCCUUAUGAGUGCAGUGUAUGUGGGGAAUUGUUUAGGUACAACUCCAGCCUCGUUAAACAUUGGAGAAACCACACUGGAGAAAGGCCUUACAAAUGCAGUGAAUGUGGGAAAUCAUUUAGGUACCACUGCAGACUCAUUAGACACCAAAGAGUCCACACGGGAGAAAGGCCUUAUGAGUGCAGCGAAUGCGGGAAAUUCUUUCGUUACAACUCCAACCUCAUUAAACAUUGGAGAAAUCACACUGGAGAAAGGCCUUAUGAGUGCAGAGAGUGUGGGAAAGCCUUUAGCCACAAGCAUAUCCUUGUCGAGCACCAGAAAAUCCACAGUGGAGAAAGACCUUAUGAGUGCAGCGAAUGCCAGAAGGCCUUUAUUAGAAAGUCUCACCUGGUUCAUCACCAGAAAAUCCACAGUGAAGAGAGGCUUGUGUGCUCCAUGAGUGUGGGGAAUUCUUUAGCUAAAACUCCAGCCUCAUUAAACGUCAGAGAUUUCACAAUGGAGAAAGUUUACCAUUGACUAUUGUAAUUGGGUAGUAAUGUUAUAUAAAUUCCACAUUUUUAUGCAACUAAUCUCCAGAACAUUUUUCCUCUUGCAAAAAAAGUAAAAUGCUGGACCCAUGAACAACAACUCAUUCCCCUUCCCUACUUCCCCAGAAAUGUCUCAACUAUAUUUCUAUACUCUAUGUCUAUGAAUUUCAUAUCUAUUGGUACCUCAUAUAAGUGGAUUCAUACAGUA